AUGGUCGAGACAGCUCUAAACGAUCCCGAGCAGAUGAUUGCCCUAUUCAGACAGGCUCUCGGGAGUUUCCAGAGCUCCAAAGCCGCGUUCCGAAUUGUCUCCUCCAUCCCCCAUCGUCAACAACAACAACAACAACAACAACCCUCUCUACCGAAGAUGGUGUACAUCCUCGACUCUUCCUUCAAUCCUCCCACUCUUGCCCAUGCAAGAAUCAUCCUCUCAGCUCUAAAAUCUUCUCCGGGAUCGCCAAAUCCACCUCGAGUUCUGCUCCUUCUAGCCAUCCAGAACGCUGAUAAAGCGCCCAAGCCGGCAUCGUUUGAAGAGCGGUUGGCAAUGAUGCAAGUUUUCGCAGAAGAUGUGAUUGACGAUAUAACGUCGUCGUCACAGUCUAAACGAGGUCUACAGCAACAUAGCUGCCAAGUAGGGAUAGACAUUGGCCUCACAAAGCUCCCAUAUUUCGCCGACAAGGCCCUCCAUAUAUCUCCAUCUGAAGCAUACCCGUUGCAAGAUACUGAACAAGUUCAUCUGAUAGGAUAUGAUACACUUGUAAGGUGCUUAGAUACAAAAUACUACCCACCUGCACAUACGCUUGCGCCCCUUCAGCCGUUUCUCGCAAAACACAAACUGAGAGUCACGUACCGUGCGGACGAUGAAUGGGGAGACAAGGCUGCGCAAACCAAAUUCUUGAGUGACGUUGGCGAAGGAAGUCUGGAAAGCCUAGGUGGUUUGCGGGAAUGGGUCGUUGAUAAAAGGAUUGAAAUGGUUGAAGGGAGGAAAGAAGGCGAAGAGGUGAUCAGCAGUACGAAAGUUCGAGAAGCCGCGAAAUUGAGAGACGAAGAGAAACUGGGAAGCCUGGUGACGCCAGGCAUAAGGAAGUGGAUAUUGACGGAGGGGCUGUACACUGAGUGA